GGGGCCACGGGCGAUUUGGGUGUCUUCCUCCCUGGCGGCGGUGCGUCCUCCCUCGGCGUUGCGAGGAGUUGCGCUGCGCGCGUCCUGAACCCGUCGCAUCCCCACGCGGGCUAGAGCCAUGGCUGAGAGUGGCCGGACACCUCAGGCCCGGGCGCUCCUGCAGCAGUGCCUGCACGCCCGGCUGCAAGUACGCCCCGCCGAGGGGGACGCCGCGGCCCAGUGGGUGGAGGUUCAGAGGGGAUUAGUGAUCUAUGUGUGCUUUUUCAAGGGAGCUGAUAAAGAACUUCUUCCCAAAAUGGUUAAUACACUGUUAAAUGUGAAAGUAAGUGAAACAGAAAAUGGCAAGCACGUCUCUAUACUGGAUCUACCUGGCAACAUUCUUAUCAUCCCUCAAGCCACUCUUGGUGGGAGAGUAAAAGGAAGAAAUAUGCAGUAUCACUCUAACUCUGGAAAAGAAGAAGGGUUAGAACUUUAUUCCCAGUUUGUGACUUUAUGUGAAAAAGAAUUAGCUGCAAACAGCAAGUGUGCUGAAGCGGGGGUUGUGGUUAAACAUGGCACUUACGGGAACAGGCAGGUGUUAAAGCUGGAUACCAAUGGACCGUACACACACCUAAUUGAGUUUUGAAAAAUUGAAAGUUAAUUUCUACAGUUGUUUUCUGGUAUAAAAUGAUCUGGACUACAAUUAAAUUUUCUUCCCCUUCUUCUUGAAUACACUAAUCUUCAGCAUUUUUAGACAAGAAAAUCCUGGGUCCCAGCCAUAACUCUACAACCUACUAAUUGGAUGACCUUGCCAGUCACCUAAACCCUAGACUUCAGUCACCUUUCAUUCUGCUUUUCCCUACAGUUGGACUUGAAAGUUUGAAAAUUGCUUUCUAUUCACUUUAUGGUCAUUGUGGAAUACAGCUCUCUAGCUGUAUUUAAGUAUUUUGAAAUGAAGAGUUUUGUGCAAUCAAGGAAAAUAUAUUUCUUAUACCCUCAAAUGUAUGUAGUAUGUAAUAAAAAUAACUGUAUUAAAAUUAGGUAAAAUCCAACACUAACCAAUUAUAAUUCGGUCAGUUUUAUUUUAUUUCAGUUUUCUAUAUUUUGAAAGAAUAUGCAAUUUACUGUUUUUUCAACAUAUGAAAAUGUAAUAUAGAAAUUUAUUGUGAAUUAUAAUAUUACAUGCCAAGGAUUUCCAAACGCUUUAAAUUAUUUUAAGAAUCUUUAGUUGAUACUGAAACAAGGUAUCAGAGAUGAAAAGUUGUUUUUACUUAAUAUAACAGUGUGUUAAUACUCUGUUUCUUAAUUUUUUGCCAAAACAAUGUAUGUCUCAUUUUUUAUCUUUGGUUUUUAAAAGUUACUGUUUCAUGAAAUUAGUGUUCAUGAUUUUUUACAAAGUUCCUUUCUUGUUGAAUUAGAUUGCUAUAAAAGGAAGAAAAAGGGAAGCUUUCUACUGGAAUUAGUUGAAAAUAAAUUCACUUGCUCAUUUCCUUAUUAUCUAUUAAUGAAUAUUUGUGUCUCCCGCCCCCCGCCGCCCGAAAUCAUAUGUUGAAGUACCCCAAUAUGGUGGUAUUUGGAAAUGGGGCCUUUGGGAGGCGUUUAGAUUAAUGAGGUCAUGAGAGUGGGAUUAGUGUCCUCAUAGGAGACACCAGAGAGCUUGCUCUCUCCCCACCAUGUGAGGAUUCAGUGAGAAAGCAGCCAUCUACAAGCCAGGAAGAGAAUCCUUACUAGAAAAUGACCAUGCUGGCACUUUGAUCUUAAAAGUCUAACCUCAAGAACUGUGAGAAAAUAAAUUUCUGUUUAAACCACCCAGUCUGUGGUAUUUUGUUGACAGCCUGAGCUAAGACGGUGACAUAAGAUAGCUAAUUGAGUAGACUUUUCAAGGGCAAGAAGAAAAUAUAUAAGAAAUUGAAAGAAUAAAUGAAUCAAUAAAAGAUAAUAUUCAGUUUUUGCAAACUUCUCUGAAGUGAUUUAAAGAGAUAUUUUAAAGAGUGAAAAACAACUAUUUCUAAUUACCAGAAAGAUGAAGAAAUUAACUUGAAUAAACAAGUAACUGCUGAAAAUUUUUUGUUUAAUGAUUUCUUUAGUUCCGUGUUCUUUAGAUACUUAAAAUUUUUAUCACCAAAAAAAAAAAAAAAUCCUAUUUUCUCUAUAUUCUUCCUGUACUAUUCUAUUUUGGAACUUCAGAAUCAAUAACUGGCUUGGUAAUGAGCUCUUUGUCCUUAACUUUGGCUUUAUUGAUUUACAAUACACUUAUUGAAAUGUAAUAAACUAUUCAUAAACUUGCAAA